AUGGUUGCAAGAUCCGCAGUUAUUAGGAUUGGUGGCAAGGUCAGCACAUGCUCCCGAGCAGCAAGUUGGUCGGAGCCCAAGACAAGGCAGGGCUCCACAAGCACCACAGUUAAGAAUAUCGUUGCUGAGGUCUUUACAGGAACCGGAGCAACAGGCGGGCUGUACUCCAUUGCACUGAGAGCAGCAGCCGGGUUGUUGGCCAACACAGCGCGGGUUAUUACAGCUACCACAGUGGGCAGGAUCACUCAUAAGAUCGGAGCAAGCCCCAGCGCAGCAAGCUGGGACUUGACCUGUGCACUAUGA